GUCAGCUCCAGCUCUACAUGCCCCAACAUCUACCAAGCAGAGGGAAAGGAACCAAGAGGGAAUAAACAAGGCUGAAGCAUGAACAAGGCAGAAUUCAUCACUGUUGUGGGAUGUGCAGUAUUGUUGCUGCUCCACAGGACUCAGACUGAAGCCUGUCCUCCCUCCUGCAGCUGCAGGUCCCUGGGAGAAGCAGAGGAUCUGCAGGUAGACUGCAGCUCCAGGAAGCUGGUGGAGGUGCCUGCCUUGCCCAUUCACACCAAGAGGCUUUAUCUGCAGAACAACAGCCUCACCUGGGUUCCUCCUGGUGCCCUGGACAGCCUGCACAGCCUUCAGGAAGUGAAAAUGUCUAACAACCCUUGGAACUGUGACUGUCACAUUCUGUAUCUAAAACUCUGGUUAGAAGAUGUCUCUGCACCCUCUCUUGCAAGCAUCAGAUGCUCCAGCCCAGCUCACCUCAGGAUGAAACCCCUGGGGCAGCUCACUGGGAACGAGCUGGGGGUUUGUAAGAGGCUUCUCCCAAUCAAGUGUCUUGAGUUCUUUUGGAGAGACCUCAUUUUAAUUGCUGGAGUGAUCAUUACACUUAUUUUAGUAGCCUGGGCUCUGAAAUUCUCAAAAAAACUAGUCUGCCAAAUGCACCUAAGCCAAUACAACUCCAGGGGCUGGCUGUGAGGAGACAUCUCCCCAAAAACCACAAGGUACAAUGAGCUGGGCACUGCCAGCAGCUUCAACUGACACAUCAAGCUCUUCUACCACAAAGAAGCACGUGCACUGGCAACACCAGUUUGAAUGGUAAACAUGCCACAAACAGAUCCCAGGGCUCAAGGUCUGGGCCCUCAGAUAGGCCAGUUUGUUUUAAUUUCCUCUCAGCAACAAGCUGAGUGAUGGACUGACAGGCAAGUUUCAGUCUCCUGCUGCCCACUCACAUGAAAAGCAGCUUUUAAUUAAACAAAAUAUUAAAAAUACUCAUUUAACUUAGGAUUUUUCCACUGAAUUCUCACUGAAUUCUUUGCUAGCAAGAAGAUUUACAUCCUCAAAACCUCCUUUUUAGUAUAUGGAGAGGAACAGAAAUUGUACCAUCUAGCAAUUCUUUCCUCACUCAGAAGCUGGGUGAGUUUGCAGCCCUGUUACUCCCUCCCAGGGUCCUGAUGGGCCUGGUAAGACCAUUCUUGUGCAUAAAUAAAUUCAAGCAUCUCCUUCUGUGAUUCUGUGAUCUCUGCCUCAGGCUCAGGAGUUUCCUGCCAGCAACACCACAAUGACUGUAGGUCAGCCACAUGUAUCCCGUGUUAAAUGUGUUUAAAGACAGACAAUUAAGGAGAAUAUCAUCAGGAAAAAUAAUGUUAAUAUUGUGGGAGUUCCUAGAGAGUGAACAAUAAAAAAAGCAUUCUAUGUGAAAUGGAAUGAAUGGAUGUUUAUGGGACACUCAGACUCACCCAAGUUUGAUCUCUUUCACAAUUCUGCACAUUUCUGAUUAAAAUCCUGAGAAACUUCCAGAGACUGACUUGCAGUUUUAUUACUGAC